CGAUCAGUCGCUGUCCUUCUUAGGUCUUGAGUUGGGUCCGCGAGAAAGCCAAGCACUUGAAAGCAACCUCGUCGUCGGAUCACGCCGCUCUGUCGCCAUCGUCAUCAGGUGGCUCCUCUCCGCAACAUGCAUCUCCAGCUCCCUCGUCAUCAGGAGUCUCCUCGCCGCACACAAUGCCCACGAGUCCGAUGUUGGAGAAGGCUGAGGCAUCUCUGUCAAGAACUGCAGACGAGCACAGCUCCGUGCCGUCGGCGUCCGCUUCUACGCAGCGUCUACAAAUCACGGAUCCAGUCAUAGUCGCCUGGCCUGAUCAUCGCAUUUCUGACCACAUGCUCGCGCGUCCGCGACCGGAUGUUGUCCCAUACCAGCACUCCCAGUCCUCGAAUUGGCCCAAUUUGCGUCCUAGACUAGGUCCACAUGCGCCCGGCAAUGCUCGCUCAAGGGCUCAAGUACUCGAUGAGUUGACAUGGCAUUACCAGAACCUGCCACGCGAAAGGCUACGUGAGCUAGGUAUCAUUCCUCCUGCUCUUCCCAUCCGCGACAGCCGAGGACACGAUGGAAUUCCCAUAGGAAAACCAAUCACUUUUCAAAGUCGAGGUAUCAGUCUUGCUCACCAACGUGCAGUAUGGAAGGCGCGUUCCGGCAGCGGUAGGAACGCAGCUAGGAACCCCGGUUCACCUCUCCGGCCACGUCAUCGACAAUCUGACGUUCAUUACACAGACGACUUUCACAACGAUUAUCAAUAUUGCAACGGACCUGCAUGUCACGUCACAGUGUUCAGGCGGCCGCCCGGCUUCCAUCCGAGUCAACUAUCACCUGCUCAAUUCAAAACGGUAGCUGAACACGGCUUUCUAGAGAAUUCCCAGUUCGUGAAUCGGAUGGGAGACGCGGAUCAUUGGAAAGCGCUACAACGAGUACACGGGGUCAGCUCAGAACGUGUCCAUCCAACGCGGUCGGAAAAUCACUACUACGUCGGACACAUAGAUCGUCGUGGGCUAGGCGAGGAUGUCGGUGUACUGGUGAAGCUCAAAGAGAAACACACGCGCGAGCAGCCGGAGCGUGCAGCAGAAGGAAAAGCCAUGCUCACGGCAAGCGAAGCAAGGGCCAGUCGACGCGCUUCGGAAGGUCGAAUGGGUGCCAGCAAAGAUCACGCUCCUGCUGCUUCGGCGCGCACGCCGGACUUCGGUAUUGGCGCGGUGCGAAGUGACAAAGGAGCUUCGGACGACCACGCCGCUGCUGAGAAGGUACACCUUGAUGCUGCUCCGCUGCGUAUGCCAGGUCCCACCAUUGUCGCGUUGCCUCCAGAAGCGAUGGUUCCUCUGGGCAAGUCGGUGUCGCGUAUUCCUCAGGUCUCUGAAACUCCAUCUCUGCCGCAGCUACAGGCUGUAACUGAAGGUCUGCGAGGAGAGGCGAGCUCAUCGCGCGCAUCGCUGUCUUCGAAACUGCGAGCUGCUUCCGGCGAAGAGCACGAUGCUGCUGCGGCGGCGGAGCCAGACGGCAGACGUAACCUGGAGGCGCUCAGAAUUUCCGGAUACCCACACCCAGUCAAUGUUGUGGGACGGCCGGUGGUCAUUCACAGGAGCAUGCUUUCUCCCACUUCUCGAGAAGCCCUGCUUUACCAUCAAGGGCCACCACCAAAACCCGACGGGGUUCGUCUGGAGGUAUCGCAGCAGCCCGCUACCGGAAAGGUUGUGCUCUUCGGAAGGCCUCCCCAUUUCAACCCGAGAACACUGUCGCCCAACUCACGCAAGGUGAUGAAGGACUCCGGCCUCGAACGGGACGGCGGUAUAGCCCCGUACAAACCUCCGCAUAGUCACUAAAGCCGAGCCCGCAUGGGGCUCACUCUUGCUUACUGAGCGUGGUAGCUCAAAGGAGGGCCGAUCGCUACAUUUGUGGGCCCCUUGCAGAGAAUCCAACAUGUCCAACAUUAUAC